UCUUAUACAGAGCCGAAGCAGUCCAGCAACAAGUGAGUGAGCUGGAGCAGUUAGGGUCGUGUCGCGGAGGAAUUCGUGUGUUGUUUUUGCCGUGGAAAAAACGGAAAACUUACUAGUUUGCCCGUCCGGAAAAGUCGGUAGUGGCCGGAAAUUGCAUCGCGUUCGACGGCUAAAGUUUGAUUGUUGAAUUCUGUGCGAUCCGUUUCCGAUUCGGGAGGGUCGAGCUCGAGUGGUAAAUUGGACGGUCGUCGUCUGAUGGUCGUUCCCGUUCGUCGGUGGUGGUAGUGAGAGUGAGUAAGUGUGGAAGAAGGAAGUGUUGUGUGCGGGUGGGUCGUAUACAAGGGGUGAGCAGGAGCGGAAACUUCAAUGACGACGAGAGUCGACGGCUGACACGAAGAAGACUACAUCAGCAGCGGCAGCAUCUGGUCACCAACAAAUCUACAGCAAGCAACAGCCAGCGAGCAAGCAGUGCCUUCUGAUGAAGUAAUGUACGAAACUCGGUGAUCAUUUCGAUGCGAUAUGAUAAUUGUGUUAGUGGAGUUUUUUUCUCGAUCUCGCUGGUGAUUGUUAAUUGGGGCUGCUGAGAGCUGCUGGAAGAAAAGAUAUCUGCUAUCGAUCGAAGAAAAGAAAUAAAGUGUAAAAGUUUGCAGAUAAUUCCUAAAAACAAGGGCCCCCAAAGUGUUUACAUUCUGUUCGGAAUCGGCGCAUAGCUGAGUAAUUGGAAACGUUUGUGUGUCGUGAAAAAAUCGAUCUAAAAUGAAUGAAAUUGAUGCCCUGCGAGCCGAGGCGGAGCAGCUCAAAAAUGCAAUUCGCGAUGCCCGGAAGGCUGCUUGUGACACAUCGAUUCUUCAGGCCACCAGUCAGCUGGAAGCCGUUGGGCGGAUCCAGCUUCGAACACGGCGUACGUUGCGGGGCCAUUUGGCCAAGAUCUACGCCAUGCACUGGGGAAGUGACUCGCGGUACCUGGUGUCUGCGUCACAAGACGGCAAGCUGAUAGUAUGGGAUUCACACACCACCAACAAGGUUCACGCGAUUCCACUGCGAUCUUCCUGGGUUAUGACGUGUGCGUACGCUCCGUCUGGGAAUUACGUUGCGUGUGGUGGUCUGGAUAACAUUUGCUCCAUAUAUAAUCUCAAAACUCGCGAAGGUAAUGUGCGGAUCGCUCGAGAGCUGGGAGGUCACACCGGGUACCUAUCGUGCUGCCGAUUCUUGGACGAUAAUCAAAUCGUCACCAGCUCCGGUGAUAUGUCCUGUGCUCUGUGGGACAUCGAAACCGGUCAGCAGUCUACGUCCUUCCAAGGUCAUACCGGUGACGUGAUGGCCCUUUCGUUAGCGUCCCAGAGUAAACUGUUUGUAUCGGGGGCGUGCGACGCUACUGCCAAACUGUGGGACAUCCGCGAAGGCCAGUGUAAGCAGACAUUCCCAGGUCACGAGAGCGACAUCAAUGCGGUUGCGUUCUUCCCGAGUGGACAGGCUUUCGCUACCGGUUCCGACGAUGCAACCUGUCGACUGUUUGACAUUCGUGCCGAUCAGGAACUGGCAAUGUACUCGCAUGAUAACAUCAUCUGCGGUAUCACGUCGGUGGCGUUCUCCAAAUCGGGCCGGCUUCUGUUGGCUGGGUACGAUGACUUCAACUGCAACGUGUGGGAUACGAUGAAGGCGGAACGGGCAGGAAUCUUAGCCGGACACGAUAACCGAGUGUCGUGCUUAGGAGUGACAGAUAAUGGAAUGGCGGUAGCAACUGGUUCAUGGGACUCGUUCCUGCGUGUGUGGAAUUAGGACUUGCAUCGGCAUCUGGAAGGAUGAGCGCACAGCACCAAAAUUCAUCACUAACCAAUAGCAUCCGAUAGCGAAAUCAACCACAGAACCAACGAAUGAAAUGAGGGAGCAGAAGCACAUUCACGCGAUAGCCAUGUUGUACUAUUUUUUUCACAUUCAAACCCACAGUCGUCCAACCAUCAAGUACGGCUCACGCCAGACUGUCGGACAACCGGAACGUCGCUAGUUAGUUAGUCAGUUAAACCGCGCCGCGCGCAACUACCUAUUUCCAGCGUCAUCAAUGGCGUGCAGUAGAUCAAUGGGGCAGCUUUUUUUCUCUCGUACGUGGAAAAAAGCAACGGCUGCUCGGUGGUGUGUUCUGGAAAAGCAGCUUGAACGCACAAUGUUCGCGUAAGCCAAAAGUUUGUUAACAGUGUAGACAGUAAGUGCCUUCAGAUUGUUAUAAGCACACCCCAUUUUUUAUUCAUCUUUUUUAAAGCCUUUAUAUACAGCAACACUAAACGGAACCCCCCUAAACACAGUACACGCAUACGAGGUUAAUUUGGUUAUGAUGAAAAGCGUAGAAAACAAAAUAGUAAUAUGUCUGAAACGUUGAGGCAAGAUUGAAGCAAGUGAAUUCAAUCCGUACAGCAACGCGGACAGUUAUAGGUCUAUUAUUUAAGAAAGUAUCAUUUCACUACUUGUUAUAAUCUGUCAUGCUUGUGAAACAGAAACACCUUGAUUGGAUAGAAAGGAGGAACUUUCAAAUUGUAUGUUUUCUUCGCCCACCCAAGUUUAGGUUUUAUUUUAUUUAGAGAGAAACAAAUGUCCUAUACGUUAAUCGACCGGCGUCGGUUCAAAUAGACCGUUAGAUGGGCACUCGUUUAUGAAGGUCAAAGCAACUGUAACUGAGCAGAAAGAUUGAAAUGGAACGCACAAUUUCCAGAAGGCAUAAGCUUUGUUUAAUUUAUUACUUAUUUUUUCUAACGAAGAAAACUACUAAAAAGCAAAAAUUUUAGCAUUAGAAGAUAAAUUGGGAAAUUUAUGAAACUUCUACUGUGAGUGACCGAAUCAUAAUAAAAAAACAAAUUCGCAAUUUUUAAACCAUUUAGAAAAAAAAAUCAUAAAUCUAAAAGUCGGAAAACUGGGAAGCGAGAGUGUGACGAAAACUAGAUGAAGAAGCUUUUAAUUAUUUGAUAAAUAUAUUUCUAGGUCGGAAAAAGAA